ACCAUUAUAGUCCACACUUCCACAGACCAGUGACCACAGUUCACGGUUUCACACAAAUAGUGAUUAAUUGACUGAUAUUUUUUUUACGUUCUUCGAUUUUGGUAAAUACUAAAUUUAAAUCUUUAUAUUAAUUUUUGCGUAAAGAAAAUAUUCUGUUUCGUCAAUUGAUAGUUUUUUUUUUUUUUUUGUGUACUUCGUUAGUUGUUGAUUCUAUACAUUAUAAUGGCAAGCGAUGAGACUCCUUUGGCGAAAGCAAUCGCAAAAUACAGACCUCCUCCAAUAAAUAAAGACACUGCAAUCAACUACUACGCCCCGGCGUUUGGCACAUUAAAUUAUGCAUUUUUAUCCAUCAACGUGAUGAACCCCGGGAUUUUGCAAAGAGUUCUACCCAAACCAGACCUCACAAAUGUGUUUUUGUUCAACUCUUGCCUCGGGUCGUUUCUAUUCAUCGCUGGACGCCCACAUCUCAGUGAAGCGCCUCUCAAACUGCGCGUAGCAUACAGCGUGUACGGAUCAAUUUUGUUCAACAUGGGAUCAGUAUUAUCAUGGGCUAUUUUACGUAGUUUAUUGCCGAAUAACUCUGGUUUGGCAACUGUUACUGGUCUAAUUUCAGGAUUCGCAUUGACUGGCUGUGGUGUUGCAUACUUGAAUUACAAUGACGAAGCCGUUAAAGCAAAUAAAAAGUAGAAAUUUGUCUUUUUGGUGAUUACUUAGUUUAAAUAAACUCCUAAGUUCUUUGUAGAAAUUUAAUUCCAAUUUCAUAUAGAGGGCUAAUUUUUAUUUUAUCAAUAUUUUGUUAUUAUUUCUGUUUAAUUUUUCCUUGUUUUUAUAACUGAUAAUAUCAGAAUUAUGAUAAGAAUUAAUCCCAUUUUAUAAUAUUCAUAUUAUUCAAAAUUAAUAAAUAUAUUAUUUAUACAUGAA